UGGCUGUCCUUGCGUGUGUGUCUGCAUAACAAACAUGGCCCGGAAUACGAGGAUCGCGCUCAUAUUCGGAGGCUUUGUAACAGCGGUCGCAGCCGCUUUCUAUCCGAUAUUUUUUCAUCCACUCACACACGUAAAUGAGUACAAACAAGUCCAGAGAGAAAACCGAGCUGGAAUUAACCAAGCAGACGUUCAGCCCGUAGGGGUGAAGAUAUGGUCAGAUCCCUUCAAAACAAAGUGAGGCCGAGGAUAAUAAGAGAGAACUGCGCUACGCUGUGCUGUGGGGAGGAGGAGGAGGCAGUAACCAAAACAGCCCCGCAGCUCAGAACGAUGUGGACUUUCUGAGAGUGCAGUCGAGUUCAAGAGAUGCUGAUGGGAAAUGAAGUCCGGAGCUGCUGAAAAGUAACCAAAAACCUCCGGCUCUGGACUACAUUUCCCAUCGGCAAAGUUGCAAAAAUAUUGCACAGUGUUUCUCCUGCUGAUCCCACCGCGUGUGCAUGCAUGUGUGUGAGUAUAGGUAUGAGUGAGUGUGUGAGUGUGGUUUGGGUGUGUGAGUGGUGUUUUCAUUGUGUUGUUCAGCCAGAAAUACUUGUAUUUCCAGCACUACUCCUGUUGGAGAUCAGAGAACAUAAAGUAACAUUGAAUUAAGCCCUUUUUACAAGCAUUCUGCGUCAUUGUUCAGUUCUAGACAUUUCUUCAUAUUGAGAGUUGGCAUAUCUCAGAUGGCCCAUUUCAGGCACAGUACAGCCUUCUGUGUCUGUGAGUUCACUGAAGCCCUGGUGGGAAUGCACUCUGUAAUGAUACGUGAAAA